AUGAAGUUCUCAGCACUCACCUUCAUCGCCUUGGCCGCCUCUUCGGUCUACGGCUCCGUCAUUGACGUCGCCGCCCACGAUGCCGCAGAAACCUACGUCGACCUCGAGACCCGGGCUACAUGCUGGCAGUCAGACAUGCAAGCCAUCAAAGACCGCAUCAACCACUACAACGUCUUCUGUCAAGCCUUCCUUCUCAGACCCAACGAUGCAUCUCCUCUGCCUACAUUGACCACUGCCAAGUUGGCCGGAGCUUGCACCUGCCUUGUCAACCAGUGGAACAAGCGCGCCAACCCUACCUCAACCCCCAACACAGUCAACACCGCCUGUGUCGCCUCAGACACCAACCUGAUCAAAGCGGAAGCCCCCAAGAACUUCAAAUCUUACUGCACGUGGUGGAACCUAGUUUCUCGCUCAACCUCCGCCAUCCCCGGCGUCUCUGCCGCUCAACUCUCAAAGAGCUGCAAGUGCUUGUUGACAGGCCAAGGCCCCACUGCCACCACUGCCCAGAAGGUCACCACUUCGAGCACAAAGGCAGCUGCUAGCUCCACUGCUCCCGCCUGCAAGAAGCGCAGAAAGGUCCGCAGAACCGUUACUGUCGAGGUUCCCGCCGAGGCCACUCCUUCGGUUUGA